CCCUCUGGCUGCUAUGACCAGACUACCGGACGACACUUCUCUGCUCUCUGCACUGAAAUAGUUUUGUUGUAGCGUGUUUUUGGUGGUGGUGGGGAGGGGGGGCAAUUAUAUAUCAACAUACGGUCGUUUAUGCUCGCAUCCGCCACGAGGUUUUCUUGCCCAUCGGAGCUGCUUGGCCUGUGAGGCUAGCUGGCUUAGCGGAGCAGUGACAGAGUGGAGCCGGACGGACGCACGGACGGACGGACGCACGCACAGUGACGUAAGCAAACGAGCUAAUCAGCCGGAAAAGGACUCAGCCUGGAUUACUGCCUUUAAAUCAAAGAGAGGCGCAAGUCUGCAGGGUUUCAAACAUGAAGAUAACUGUGGAUUUCGAGGAGUGCUUGAAGGACUCUCCCAGGUUCAGAGCUACCAUAGAAGAAGUGGAGGGGGAUGUGUGCGAGUUGGAAUCCAAGCUCGACAAAUUGGUGAAGUUGUGUAUUGGGAUGAUAGAUGCUGGAAAGGCCUACAAUGCAGCCAACAAGCAGUUUGUUAGCGGGAUCCGGGAGCUAGCCCAGCAGUCCACCAAAGAUGAGGUCAUCGAGUCCAGUCUCACAAAAUUUGCUGAGAGCCUGCAGGAGAUGAUCAACUAUCACACGAUAUUAUUCGAUCAGGCCCAGAGAUCAAUCAAGAUCCAGCUUCAAACGUUUGUCAAAGAUGACAUACGUAAGUUCAAAGAAGCCAAGAAGCAAUUCGACAAAGUGAGCGAGGAAAAGGAAGGAGCACUGAUCAAGAACGCCCAGGCUCCACGCAACAAGCAGCAUGAGGUGGAAGAAGCCACCAACAUCCUCACUGCCACACGCAAGUGCUUCCGACACAUUGUCCUCGACUACGUUUUACAGAUCAACGUGCUACAAUCAAAGAGAAGAUCGGAAAUCCUGAAAUCGAUGUUGUCCUUCAUGUACGCCCACCUGACGUUCUUCCACCAAGGCUACGACCUCUUCAGUGAACUACAACCUCUAAUGAAGCAGCUUGGAGGACAGUUGGACCAGCUGGUGGUGGAUGCUGCCAAAGAGAAGAGGGACAUGGAGCAGAAACACUCCACCAUUCAGCAAAAGGACUUCUCGAAUGACGACACCAAGCUGGAGUACAAUGUUGAUGCAGACAACGGCAUCGCAAUGGAGGGUUAUCUGUUCAAGAGGGCCAGCAAUGCCUUUAAGACGUGGAAUAGGCGUUGGUUCUCCAUCCAGAACAAUCAGCUAGUCUACCAGAAGAAAUUUAAGGACAACCCUACAGUGGUGGUGGAAGACCUGAGGCUAUGCACCGUCAAACACUGUGAGGACAUAGAGCGCCGCUUCUGUUUCGAAGUGGUGUCACCCACCAAGAGCUGUAUGAUGCAGGCAGACUCGGAGAAGCUGCGGCAGGCCUGGAUCAAAGCCGUCCAGAACAGCAUCGCCACCGCCUUCCGCGACAAGGGAGAUGAAGGCGAGAAGCUUGAUAGGAAGUCAUCCACGUCGACUGGGAGCCUUGAUUCUGGUGGGGAGCCGAAGGAGAAGUCGAUCAAAGGAGAGAGUGCCCUGCAGAAGGUCCUGGCCAUCCCAGGCAACACCUGCUGCUGCGACUGUGGCCAGCCAGACCCCCGCUGGGCCAGCAUCAAUCUGGGCAUCACCCUCUGUAUACAGUGCUCCGGUAUCCACAGGAGUCUGGGAGUGCAUUUCUCUAAGGUCCGGUCUCUGACUCUGGAUACAUGGGAGCCAGAACUUCUAAAGUUGAUGUGUGAGCUUGGAAACGGAGUGAUCAAUCAGAUCUACGAGGCUCGGCGAGAGGAGCUGGGAUCCAGGAAACCAAACCCAGGAGAUCCAAGACAUGAGGUAGAGGCCUACAUCAAAGCCAAAUACGUGGACCGUCGGUUUGUACGCCGGCCGACGGAUGAGGAGCUUCGCAACAAAGUAGUGUCUCUGAGCAAACAGGAGAAGAGGCUGAGCGGCAGCUCUGAGCAUCUGCCCCCAAGACCUCCACCACCCACCCCAAAACUCCGAUCCGGUCAGACAGUAAAAAGCGCAGACAGCGGCAUUCAGAACAGCGCUGAUGGGAGCAGGGAGAUGCUGGCCACCACCCAAUCCAAUAACAGCCUGACUGAUGCAGACGCCGCUGAGUCUCCCCCCAUGCCCAUGCCUGCCACACUGCCUCCUCCGUCCCCGUGUAAGGAGAUUGUUUUCUACGAGCCAAAGGAGUACAGCUCCGGUCUGCAGCUCUACUGGGCUGCAUGUGCCCGCAGCCUGCCGGACAUGGCAGAGGCACUGGCCCACGGAGCCGAGGUCAACUGGGUCAACACGGAGGACGACAAGAGGACGCCGCUCAUCAUGGCGGUGCAGGGGGGUUCGCUGGUCACAUGUGAGUUUCUGCUUCAAAAUGCAGCUAACGUGAACCAGCAGGACGCUCAGGGCCGAGGACCCCUCCACCACGCCACCAUGCUGGGACACACAGGGCAAGUGUGUUUGUUCUUAAAAAGAGGAGCGAAUCAAAAUGCUGCCGACAUUGAUGAGAAAACUCCCCUGACAAUAGCAGUGGAUGCAGCCAACGCAGACAUCGUCACACUGUUGCGAUUGGCCAAGAUGAACGAAGAGAUGCGAGAGGCGGAGGGGCCCUACAACCAGUCAGGAGAUGAAACCUACAUGGACAUUUUCCAGGAUUUCACCCACAUGGCCUCCAACGACCCAGACAAGCUGAACCGCUACCAGCAGUAUGAUCCGCAAUGACCCUGACACAACAGAAGCACCGUCCACUAGCACUCAGAUACAAUGUCUGCUCAACCCAAGAGAGACUAAAAGAUGUCUGGAAAGACAUUGUCCACUUUCUCCAACAUCAAUCAGCAUUGAAGCUGGUUGGUGCUGCCAUAGCUGGACUCAUGUCAUCAUAAUGUGACCAAAGAUCCUUUUCAUCAAAUUGUUUUCUUGCAGCUGUGUAUGCAGCCCUUGUUAAAGGCACUUCACCCAAGUUAAGGGGAAUUUCUGUGAACAGCGAACCUCACUUUUUUUGUUUUUUCACUGUGCCUCCCUAUUAUUACAAUAAGUGAAUGGUACAGUGUUUGAAAGGAUUUGCAAAGUCCUAAAAAAUCAAAAUCAUAACCUAACUCGAUCUGAAUGUAAAGCUGCCAUCAAGGCUGUCAGUUAUUUUAAUCUUUUGUGUCACACUUCCUUACAGAGGAAAAUCAAAGACAUUUCUUUUUCUUGUUUUACUAUAUAAAAACAAAUUGUUGUAAAGAAGUAAGUGCAUGCAGACUGUUAAAAACUUAAUUUUAAAAAUGUUUUCAGUAGGAUUCUCAUGAUGAACAUAGGCAUCUUUUUUUAUAUCGAAGUUUUGCUUUAGUGAACUCUCAGCAGCGAACACACGACAAUAUGGUUUUACUUUUUUGCACAAAUCCCUUUAUCUUAAAUCGCCACUGAUGUUUGAUGGUAAAGCUUUGACAUUUUAAACAAUGUACAGUGAUUAUGAAAGUAAACAUGUUAUUGAUGUGUCUUCAAUGUAAAAUAGAUGAUUUUUUGUUUUUGCUUUUUAAAAUGCUAGUUGUUUUUUUUAACACUUUUCUCUGAAUGAUUUAAACUUUCUGUGUGAGUACCUGCAUUGCAUGUCAGUGAGGCAAUCAGCCCUUCAGCGUGGUGAUUAUAGUUUCGGUCGUGAUUGUCAAUUUGUAGAUUCAGUCUCAUGCUGAUAUUAAAAAGUUAAGAUUUAGAGUUGAAGAACUCCACAAUAAUAUGGACAGAUAAAAAAACACCCUCCCCCAAAAUAGUCAAUAAAAGCAGCAUUAUGUUAAUGAAUGAGACAGAUGUACUGCUCUUAAACUCAAUUCUGACAUGGGGCGCUGUCUUAAUUUAGAUUGGACUAAAGGCCUCAAGUUUUUGAGUUUACUGUUGCUCAACAUCCUCAAAGGGCUAGUAAGUAACUGGGUAAUGCUGGCUAAUUGAUUGGAAGUGUACCAAUUAAACACUCCUUGUAAUUUCUCUGUAUUAUCAGCAAAUUACGUAGACCUUUUAAGUAAACCUCCCUGGGAAUGAAUUUGGAAAUUGCAGAUCUGUAAAGUGUUACAGAGACACCAUACAUGCAGUUUGCAAAAUGUCCAGAUAUGGUUGGAAUGAUUACACUCUGUGGUAAUUCUGUAAAGAUGCAUUAGUUGAGUAGUAGAGUCACUGACAUUUCAUGUGAUGAGUAGUUUAAGUCACAUUUUCUCCACUGUUUGAUUUAGUUGUGACAACAUCAAACGACUGCACUGAAAUGUCCAAGAACAGAAAUGAAUUUUGCAACUUUUUUGUCUUUACAAUAACGGUAAAGUCUUCUCUUUGACAUUAUCAGAAUCCAGUAACAUAAAAUAUGCAGUGCAGAGGAAAGCUUUGUCAAAUACAACGUGGGAUACAAUUCUUGUACAUUUUGUACAGAUGAUUUUGAAUUCUCCAGAGAACUGAAGUAUAAAGUUAGUGGUACUUGAAUCAUUAUAUAAGCUUUUGUACAUGCUGUUCUUAGUAUCUUUGGGUAAUUUUAGCCUAUUUUAUAUUGCCUGUCUGUAUACCAAUAUACAUGUUCUGUAUAUUCUACCUGUAAUAUGUAAGAGCUUCAAUACAUAAGGACUGAGGAUUCAUGAAGAAUGUUGAUUCUUUUUUUUAUUUGCUUUGUCUCAAAGAAAUUUGCAACCACUUUGUCUAAUAUGGCUUCAUUAAAGUCAUUAUGGGAAUGUGUUUGUUCGUACAGAAGUGACAUUAACUCUGUGCUGCCACACUGGUGCCAUAUUCCCCCGAUGGGUAUUUAAAAUUG